AUACAAGUACUUAUUAACAUACUGUAAUGUACUGCAGUGACUUAAAGCAGUGUUGUUGCGUGCACAACUUCCGGUUUACUUAUUUACCCAGCAUUUUUGCGCCAAUGUCCAUCAACUCCGCAACGCUGUGGUUGCCAUCCCUUACUAGUUCUUGCAACUAAACACGAGCAACAAAGACCAGAGUAUUUCUGCGGAGUAUAAUCGUAUAAUCCACCGUGGCAAACAUGCAAUGCAAGGAUACAGUCGCGUUUAACCCAGUUUACCUGAGCGGCAAUCAGCGCUACGCUUUCUGGAUGGUUUAGCUUGCAUCCUCGCGCUAAUCCUAUAAAACAUGGAUUAAAUUCCUGUACAUGUAUUCUAACCCCUUAGCACCCAAGCAAUUACCAAACUUAAUAAGCUGUCACGGCAGAGAUUUUACCCGACGGACUUCUACAGUGUGUUAUCAGGUACAAACAGAUAUACGAGUUUAACGAGAACUCACUCUUUUGGGCUACAAAUCCGGCGUUGUGGAUAAGAAGACUUUCCUGCUCCCGUGGACUCAAGUGCAUGGCUAUGGGAUGAGAUUUUUCAAUCGGCUAUUCACACACUCCAGUGCAGCUUGGCUUUGGUUGGUAUGCAGUUAGUACAAAUUGGAUUAAUUUGAUUAUCAGCCGGAUACCAGGGCAAAAACACUGCCUACCCUAGAAUAGUAAAGCCUGUACAAAUCAGCGACAUAUCAACUUGUAUAUUGCCACUACUGCACAGCAGAGAUUGGAAUUUAAACUUUUCAGCUGCGGCAGAAUACAAUACCGCUAUCUGGUAAUCAGAUGGUCGUAAAAGAUAGGAAAUCUGUGCAAAAGAGCUGUUAAAUACAGUCGUAUUGUAUUUACCGAAAUCUGCACUAUAGUCGCAUCGGUGUUAUCACAGCUGCUCUCUAAAUCUGGAGCCGGGUAUGUUGUUGUAUUACCGAAUUUCUUUUCUUGAAUGGUGGAAUGUUUUGUGUUGUACCUGAACGAGCUAAAAUUUCGCCAGAAGCGUAAGCUUAAAAAAGAGUUCCCUGAAACCGGUUGUGACCUUGCAAUUCGCUUGCAUUUACGGUAAGGAAUCAUUUAUCCAUUUUGCCCUCAUUGUUUUGCUACAGAGAAACCGCAUUUAUUUGCAAAAGCCCCUGCGAUUUAAUUUUGGCUUCGAACGUACCUGAAUCUAUACUUAAUUAUGGAAACACAGAAUGUGGUUUUCCAAAAAGGUAAAUUUCCUAAACAAAAAAAAUAUGAGAUGUUGUAAGGCAUCUUAUCGUUGUUUGUAUGGCUUGUAGCCUGUAGCAAGUGUCCAAUACAAACAUAUUGUACAUGCUACAGCGUACCGUCCUACGGUACUUUACACACUUUUUUGGGGGUUAUCGUUAGUGUGUUUUUUAAAUACAUUCGGGUCCACAAAAGCACAAUAAUGUGUUCACGGUUCAGAUUUCAUAAAAAUUAAGUUUUAUGUUGUUUGCAAACUAGCUCUACAGUCACGAGCGAGGAUCUCUCGUUUCCGCGACAUCUCAAGGUGGGCACCAUCAUGGCCAUGAUCAUUCUCAUGACCACGGCCAUCACAGUCAUGAACACGAACAUGGCCAUACCCAUGAAAUCAUGGACAAUCCCGGCAGCUAUGAGCACCGUGAACCGUUGCGUCAUCGCACCAACUGGAAGGAGCGCGCAUUCACCGUGGGAAUAGGAGGGCCAGUAGGAUCUGGGAAAACUGCGUUGGUGCUAGCGUUAUGCCGAUACCUGCGCGAUUCCCACAACAUCUGUGUCGUGACAAACGAUAUUUUCACUCGGGAAGAUUGGGAAUUUUUAGUAAGAAAUAAGGCGCUGGAAGAAAAGCGGAUGAAAGCUGUCGAAACCGGAGGAUGUCCGCACGCUGCUAUUCGCGAAGACUAUUCCUUAAAUUUUCAAACUGUGAAAGACCUAACAAAAGAGUUCCAGCCGGAAAUAGUAUUCUUGGAGUCAGGCGGCGACAAUUUAGCGGCUAAUUUCAGCAGGGAAUUGGCGGAUUAUAUAAUCUACGUCAUCGAUGUGGCUGGCGGGGAUAAGAUUCCCCGGAAAGGCGGACCGGGCAUUACCCAAAGCGAUUUACUGGUAAUCAACAAAACAGACUUGGCGGAGGCAGUGGGAGCGAGUCUGGAUGUCAUGCGGCGGGAUGCGGAUGUGAUGCGCCAAAACGGUCCCACGAUAUUUGCGCAGGCUAAAAAUAUGGUCGGAGUCAAGGAAAUCGCAGACUGUAUUUUAACUGCAUACAAAGAUUCUGCCAACUGAUCACCGUGGAUCUUGCAAUGCAUGAUAUUUAUUUAAUAAGACACAAUUCUGUCCGGGUUUCAGGAGCAGUACUCGCAUAGUAUUAAUAUUAAUGUAUCUCAUCAUGCCGUUUUAAAACUUAAACUUUUUAAACUUAAACUAAACUUUUUAAACUUUUUUGCAUCCGAUGUACUUGUACUACACUAAAUACAGUAAUGGUUUCGCUGACCGGUAAAGGCGGCGUAAUGUUACUCUGGCGCUACCGAAAUGAUGUUUGAGGACAUCAUGCGAACAAAAACGUAUUGCUGUGA